AUGCCGUGUAGGAUCAGCGAUAGCAGCAAUAAUAGCUGCAACGGUGGAAACCGGCGGGAACACUUGAAGGCACAACUGGAGAGCCAAGUACAGGCGGCGCAGCACGGUCACAGGGGAUUGGAAUCAGCUCUCCACCUCAUGUGCGAGCGAUUGCUGGAUCUAGAAGACUGUUGGCAGCAGGCACGAUAUGAGAAGAAGAAAACAGAAGAGAAGUUCUUGGAGUUGCAGCAAGAGUGCCGGGAUCGCCAGAACCACCUCUCGACAUUGAACGACAACGUGCGGGAAGACCUGUGCCUCCUGCAAUCGCGCGUUGACACUCUAGCCGAAGCGCAAGUACCCGAGGAUGACGCGAUUCCGAUCACUCCUGUCGCAGCGCCAGUCAAUGACGCCGCAGUAGGACUGGUAGCGACGACGGCGGUGGUAGCGACAAGCGGCGACGGCAACGGGAUGGACCACGAAGAAACGAUGGCUGCGAUGCGCCAAGAGCUGCACGCUCUGAGACGGAAGGUUGAAAUCAUGGCUGCCAACGUGCUAGGAGAAUCCGAGGGCGUGAGCACGGAAACCGCCCCUGGAGAAGAAGGAGGUAGGGAGAGGGAAGGAGCGCUGCUUCAAAGCAAUAGUAGUGACGAUGAUAGUGCUGGCAAAAGUGGGACUGAUGCUGAACAGGUGCCUUACGACAUCGCCGACGUCGAUGACGAGGAGAACACCACCAGUGACAGCCAGACGGAUAAUGAACGAGGGGCGUCGGGAGAUCAAGGAGGGAAACCGCAGCAGCACGGACAAGAAGAAGACGGCGGCGAGAGUUCGAGGAUAAUACUGAAAAAACGUACGGCGAGGAACCACUGGGCCCAAGUCCGACUUCAUCGUGCUUUCCUAGUCAAGAAGAUCAGGCGACAGAUGAUGGCGGAGAGAAAAGUCAGCAAAUCCGAGACCAUCGUCACCAGGGUGGAACGCCUCGAAAAGGCCCUGGGGGUCAACGUGUACACCACGGGAUCCGGCCGUCUGGACACCUUGGCUCGCGACGUGCGUCUUUCGCUGGCCAUGAUCGUCGAGUACCAAGCACGGGCGGCGAGGUCACAGUCGCUGGCCGCCUGCCGCGGCACCAGCAGCAGCGGCGGCGGCGGUGGCAUUACCGGCGGAGGGGGGAGUACCACGAGCGCCCGCGCGUCGGCAUCGCGAGCUGCGGUGGACGUGGCAGGUUCCGCCGCUGCCGCAGCCGCAGCCGCUUCGACGACUCGAAAGCCAUCGUCGGUGCCCACGGAACACGAUGGGCACCAACAAGAAGAAAGCGAACGAGGAAGUGCAACGUCCCUGAAGAAGGAGAUCGGGCGGAUGCAGGACCGCUGCACUAGGCUAGGUGCUCUGGUCGCACGGUUAGGAGUGGCGCAACAACAUCACCUGGAUGGACGAGGCAAAGGAGAUCGAGCAGAAGCAUGGGUGCAGGACGGAACCGGGCGAAGGCCAAGCGUGGUGUUUGCUGCAGAAGAGCAAUCAGAGGAGCGAGGUGACGUUAACCGUGACGCACAACGGCCGACCCCAGAGGCUGCAGCGGGGGCAAUCGCGAGCGAGGUCCUACGUCUCUCCUGCGCGCUGGCGGGAGACCUGCAGUACCUCCUUUCCCGCCCGGCGUACUGCCGCGUCCUCGAUGCGUUUGCCUUCACCCCCGGGCGCAAGUGCCUGUGCGGGAGAGAUUUCGACACCGCCGGUACCGCUGCUGCUAUCCCGGUUGUGCCCGCCGCCGCGCCCGCCUCCGCCAGAGGAAAAAACGGCGACGAACACGUCGGCAGGGGAAGUGGUGGUGACAAUGGUAGGGACAGAGACCAGGGAGGUGAGCCAAGACAGCAACCUCAAUGGCAACGACAAGGCCAGGCGCAAGCCAAUGACAGGGGCGCCGCGGAGGAACAUACGAACAGUGGUGCUACCGGCGGUGAAAGUGACGCAGGGACGGGGGACCGGGCUGGAAAAGGGCAGCACCAAAAACCACCACCGAUGUUGAGGCAUAUGCCAACGUUCAUGUCCGUGCCACUGACGGCGCAAAACGGGGGGGCGCGUCCAUCGGGCGAAGGGUUUUUCGUCGUAGCAGGGGAAGGAGCUUUGGAAAAGGCGUCAGGAUUCCGGGUGCGGUCGACACUUUACCAGUGCUUCGUCCUUUCCCUGGGCCACCUGUCGUCGUUCCUAGCGUCGGCGAGAUCCCGCGCGGCUCACCGGGCGGUGUCUUCGCUGACGAAGGAGCUGAAGCGGGACGUUCUAGCGGCCGAGCUGGCGGCGAGGGAGUCGGUCGCGGCGGCGGCGGCGGCGCGCGCGGGAGCGAGGGAGGCCUCGGCAGAGGCGCUCGACGCCACCGCCAGGGCGGCGGCGGCCGCCGCCUCGGCUCGCAACGAGGGCAGCUUGCUGCUCGUGGAGUUCCACGAGCAGCUUGCGAAGGCAAUGCGGGCCGAGAGGGACAGGCUGGAGCGCGACAACUACGAGCGCGCCAGGGCGGAGAGAGAGCGCGUGGGCCAGCUCUUGGAGUCACAGUUGGGACAUCUGAAGUCCCUCCUCGACGGCAAGGCCGGGCAGGAGGACCUGGCUUCCAUCACGAGGGCCAUGGGCGACGUCGAGGAGACUCUCACCGUGGUUCGACAGUCCAUUCCCGGCGAAAAAGCCCUACAAGAACUCCAGGAGGCGUUGGCCCGGAAAGCCGACAAAGCCUAUACCAAGCGAAAGAUGGCGCUUCUGGUGUCGAGGGUAUCCGCUCUUCUCCAGGAGGAGUCCGAAGAGCCAUCGAUGGCCAAGAAGUGUCUCAGCUGCGACCGCGCCUUCAACAAGCUCAGUUUCAAGGAGCUGGAACUGGCGCAGCAGGCCGUGGAGUCCGAGGCCUUCCGCGCGGAGAGGGUGUCCGCUCGCGAGCCCAGCCCGGCCCCGGAUCACAUCCGGUACGGUGGCAUGACCCAAGCCCCGCUCGUUCGGCAGCUUUUUUCUGGCCUAGGGGGCGGGGUCGGAGGGGUCGGCGGUUUGGACACCCCCACUAGCGUCGAUGGAGCGCAUGCGCGCGGGGCAGUGGGCAACAGGAUUUUCAAAGGAGGAAGGAGAGGACGAGGGGGAGCGGAAGGGAGAGGAAGGACGGGGGCGGGGCGAGGAAAAGGAGGAGAGCACUUGCGUGUCAGCGGUGAAGGUGGCGGUGGUGCGGCGGCGGCGGCCGAUGAGCGAACACCUGCCGCGGGCGCGGGAGACAACCACGAAGGCUUCGCAUCCACGUUGGAGCACCAUAGGCGAAACGUCAUCGCGGUUACAGUGCCUCCUAUCCAAGCAGUGGGCGCCGCUGGGUUUGUUCCGGAGACGCUCAUAAGAGGGAGCGGCGGUAGCGGGGUUGAGGUUAACAGUAGCAAGCGCGGCUCGAAGCCUUAUGGAGCUUAGUCCUGUAGGGCAGGGCAAUCAGUCAGUAGCAACUGUAAUCCAAGGUGCUCGGGAAUGUACGGAAUGUAGGGUCAGGGCGAUGUCGUUACUCUUCGUGUAGUGGACGAAUUUUCUCCUGGCCACUAAUGUGUUAAUUGACGCGGGACGUUC